GGGAGACGGGAAGGGGAGAGACGGCGUGGAGAAGAGACGGAGAGGGAAAAGAAAAAGGAGGAUAAAGGACGAGCCGGCCAGAAGGGAGGAAUAAGAGGAGCGGGGAUGUCGGAGAGGAUAUCAUCGUGCGGGAGCCUGUAUGACAGCACCAACCUGCUGCUACAGUACUGCAACAACGAUGACACGGUGUCUGCUGGCAGCAACAUGGACAUGGAGGACCGGGUCUCCCACCUGGAGCAGAAGCUGCAGCUGCAGGAGGACGAGAUCCAGCUGCUGAAGGCAGCCCUGGCCGACGCCCUGCGCCGCCUGGGCUGCUGCGAGGAGCAGAGCCUGGGGGGGCAACGCGUGGGCGUCCGCGCCGCCGGGAGGAGACCUCCGGCCACCGCGCCAUCGGCACCGGCUACCAAGGCGCGUCCGCUCCUGCAGGCGCUCCCCUCCAGACCGCUGAGCAACGGCUACGUCCAGCAGAAGCGCCUCCUCUCCUCCCCUUCCUCGCCUAAAAGGGAGGUGCUGCAGUCCAUUAAGAGGAAGAGCAUGUCCACAGAGCGCCUCACCCUGGUGAGAAGAGAGUUGGGAGCGGAGAGUCGGAGUCGAACCACCUCCUCCAGCAGCUCCUCUGGAGGCAAAAGCAAAACCAAAGAAUGCACCUUCAAUGCAGAGGACAGCUACGUGCGGAUGUUCCUCCGAGGACGUCCCGUCACCAUGCACAUCCCCGAUCAGCAGAAGGAGAGCUACAGCCUCGACCUCAAGGUGCCGCUACCUGAACGCAAGCUCAAGCUGCAGUGGGUCUAUGGCUACCGCGGACGGGACUGCCGCUCCAACCUCUACCUGCUGCCCACCGGAGAGAUCGUCUACUUCAACGCCUCUGUGGUGGUGCUGUACAACACGGAGGAGCAGCAGCAGAGACACUACCUGGGCCACAACGAUGACGUCAAAUGCCUGAGUGUGCAUCCUGACAUGGUUACCAUAGCAACGGGGCAAGUGGCUGGAAACUCUAAAGAUGGAAAGCUGCAGGCACCUCAUGUUCGCGUGUGGGACUCCGUGAGCCUCAACACGCUCCAUGUGCUCGGGAUGGGAGUGUUCGACAGAGCGGUCACCUGUGUUGCUUUCUCCAAGUCGAACGGCGGCACCUUCCUCUGCGCCGUGGACGAUGCCAACGAUCACAUCCUGACUGUGUGGAACUGGCAGAAGGAGAAGCAGCUGGCUGACGUCAAGUGCUCCAACGACUCUGUGCUGGCCGCCGUGUUUCAUCCCAUGGACGCCAACCUGAUUGUGACCUGUGGAAAAUCCCACAUCAACUUCUGGACCGUUGAAGGCAGUACUUUGACCAAGAGACAGGGCCUGUUCGAGAAACACGAGAAACCAAAGUACGUGCUGUGUGUGGCGUUCGCCGAGAACGGAGACGCCAUCACCGGAGACUCCAGUGGAAACCUUUACGUCUGGGCCAAAGGCGGCAGCCGCAUCAGCCAGGUGGUGUCAGGGGCCCACGAGGGCGGGAUUUUCUCUGUUUGCGUCCUGAAGGACGGCACCAUGGUCUCCGGAGGAGGGAAGGACCGCAAGGUGGUGCUGUGGGACCACGACUACAAGAGAAAGGCAGAGAUGGAGGUGGGUGAGCCGCUGGGACCAGUACGGGCACUGGCCGAAGGUAAACCGGGAGAACUCUUCGUAGGAACCACCAAGAAUGCCAUCAUCAGAGCGGCCUUCCCCGACACAUUAACUCCGAUUGUACAGGGUCACACGGAUGAGCUGUGGGGUCUGGACGUCCAUCCUUCCAUGGAGCAGUUUGUCACCUGCUGCCAGGACAAACUGGUUCACCUCUGGGACGCCGUCUCCCAUCAGCCCCUCUGGAGCAAGACCAUUGAGGAUCCAGGGAGGUGUGCAGGUUUCCAUCCCAGCGGUGCUGUUCUGGCUGUGGGAACCAUAACUGGAAGAUGGUUGGUGCUGGACGCCGACACUCGGGAUCUGGUUUCGAUGCACACCGAUGGAAACGAGAUCAUUUCCAACAUCAAGUACUCUCCAGACGGUAACUUCCUGGCUGUCGCUUCCCACGACAACUUUGUCUACAUCUACGCAGUGACCGAGAGUGGCCGCAAGUACAGCCGCGUGGGGAAAUGCACCGGCCACUCGAGCUUCGUCACCCAUCUGGACUGGUCAGUGGACAGCAAGCACCUCGUCACCAACUCAGGAGACUACGAGAUCCUCUUCUGGGAGGCAUCCAGUGGUAAACAUGUGACCAACAUGGACAUCGUGCGCAACGAGCAGUGGGCCACUUCCACCUGCACUCUGAGCUUCAACACCUUCGGAGUCUGGCCGGACGGAGCGGACGGCACAGACAUCAACGCGGUGUGCAGGUCACACAACGGAUCCCUGCUGGCCUCCGCCGAUGACUUUGGCAACGUGAACUUGUUCUCCUUCCCCUGCUCUCAACCAAGGGCUCCGAGUCACGAGGGCCGUGGCCACAGCAGUCACGUGACUAAUGUUGCCUUUUUGCACGACGACAGUCACCUGCUCUCCACCGGUGGGAAAGAGACCAGCAUCCUGCAGUGGGCGGUGUAGGACCCCCAUCCCCAAACAGGUGGGGGGUUGGGCAGCGUCCGGCCGACCUCUUCACUGUUCUAUACUCCUGCACCACCAGGGGGCAGAAUUUCCACUGUGCCUACGGGAAAUAAUAAUAAUAAAACACACACACACACAACUCCGAUGUCCCACCGGUUGAAAUGUAUCAUUGUAAAAGAUGAAAUAUAAUUUCAUGUCCUUCUGCUUGGUAAUAGAAUGUAGAGAUAAUGACUUGUUCCCAUGCAGGAUGUAAAUCUGUUCCAAGACCAUACAGCAAACCCGUGAUUUAGCAUUGGUACGAACCGUGCCUAAGCGGUAUUUAUCUUAACACCCUUUAACAGGAAACUCACCCAUUUUAAAGGGACCAGGUGUUUUAGCUCCUUUAUUAAAUGUGCACUUCAGUUUAGUUGGAUGCAUGCGCCACUGUCACGGUUUAUUUAAAUUUUAGGGGUUUAAUAUUAACGGUUUACUGUUUCCAAUAGAUUUUCAUACACCAAAAUGCAUGGAAACUAAUAUAAAUGUUUCUAUAUUGAUAAAAUGGUACCCUGGUUUGCAAAAUGGGGAUGUAAAGUAUUCCUGAUUUGAAAUACAAAGUAGGGUCAAAACUUGCGAAAUCUCCUCCAAUCUUGCGGGUGAGUGCGAUAGAUGAGCGUGCCCCACUCUUUCCUACAACUGAAACACCCAGAAAAACCCUCAAAUGUAAAAAACUUGUAAGGAAAGUUCAACAGAAUCUAACGUCUACAACAGGUGUGAUAGUCAUUCAGCUUUUAGAGCGAUGCAUGCUCGGAAGAUUCCUGAAAUUGGUGGUAUUACCACAUUGUGUACUCUUACUGUAACUCCAUUUCCUUGUCAUCUUCUACGUGUACAUUAAUCAGCCUGAUGAUAAUAAACUCCUAUGGUGCAGAUUGUGAGCAGUACAAUCCACCCACACCCUCUAACCGAGGGCUGCUGUAUUUCUGAUUGUACUACUACCGCAGGUCACUGGAUGGCGCUACAACGCAAGAGAAUGAGCAUUAUGGCUGUCUGGUAAAUGCUGUUAAUGUUGCAAAAGGUCGUAGAUUUAUAAAUAUAUUAUGCAGUGUAACCGAGUGGCUGUGUCAUUUUAAUUAACUACCGAUGAUGGACGUUCGUAUUGACCGAAGGGUGAUGUGGUCUGCUGUGCUGUGAGCUUAAGCUGUGCUUUGCCUUCUGUUUUGUUAAUAAAGUUUUUACCCAAGCACUA